AUGUGUUGCUACUGCACUUUUCAUCAUUUGAUUUCAGGUUUACUAAAACUAAAUUUGGCUUCUUUGUUUUUGUUAGGAAUCGAUGAUGACAAGUUCACCAUCGAGCUGCAUUACAAAGGAGAGGUUGUGUAUGUACUAGACGAAGACUUGUGUUAUUUUGGCAGGAAAGUUAAGUACCUGGAUUGGAUAGAUCCAGAUUGCUUGUCUUUGUUUGAACUUGACGGAUAUCUUGUUGAGUUUGGCUUCUCAGAAAGUGUCAGGAUGUUGGAGGAAUAUAGAAUGAAGAAUGGUUGGGCAUACUAUUGGAGGCUACAAGGAGAACGAUUGAAGGAAGGACUUCAAGAGCUGAGAAGUGACAAAGAAAUUAUGGACAUGGCUGCCAAGGUUAUUCAAGAUACGAAAUUUGUAGAGAUCUACUUGAUCAAUAAAGAGGAAUUAACCAAAGCUAGCCUAGCUGAAGUUCAACAUGAAAUGGCAGAGACACUAUCCAAGUCUAAUGAAACUGAAAGUGGCAGCAAGGGAAGAACCGAGUUAGAAGAUGAUUUGGGCUGCCAAAACAAUGUUGAUUAUGUUGACAACAGGGAAUCAAAUGAGUUUGACACUGAUCACCCUGCAGAGAGUGACCCGGAACAAGGUUUGGAUGCUGAUUUUGAGGGCAAUUAUGAAGAUAUGGAGGGACUAAGCAACGAUGGAGAGGGUGGCAGUCAUGAAAUAUACAUUGAUGAUGCAUUUGAUUUCCAUUCUGAGGAUGAUGUAUAUGAUUUCAGACUACCUAGGCAGCAUCAAUUCAGAUGA